AUGUUCGAGGUUUUUACUGACGGUUUCUCAUUUCUCAAUUUACUCUCACUGGCCGCCUUUUUCACCACCGUUGGCUUAUUCUUCUGUGGAAUUCCUAUUUGUCGCCAAAUUUGGAAACGUAAAGACACCACUGAGAUUUCCGGCGCACCAUUCCUGAUGGGAGUACUUGGUGGAUGUUGCUGGAUGACUUAUGGAUAUCUGAAAAAAGAUCAUACCGUAUUGGUGGUGACUGGUUGUCAAGUGAUACUCUAUUCUUCAUACAGCAUAUUCUACUGGUUAAUGAGCAAAGAGAAGCUUUUUAUCACCAUCAAAGUAAGUGUGGUAUUGGCAAUGUGUGCAGCUCUGAUCGGCUCUGUGAAAUUGUUCGGAAUGAAAGUCUUUCAUCCCCUCGGAAUUGUAUGCAUGACGCUAAACAUAGGUGAUUUCGCUGCACCGCUUGCUGGUCUGCGGGUGGUAAUUCGUCGCGGAGCAACUUCUACGCUGCCACUGCCGCUAUGUAUCGCCAAUUUCAUGGUAUCAUCUGAAUGGUUCCUCUACGGACUUCUCGUUAGGGAUAUAUACCUCAUUACUCCAAACGGAAUCGGAUCGGCGCUAGCUGUCGGACAAUUGUUUCUCUUUAUUAUACUGCCAAGAAAGCCCGGCCAACGAUCGCUUAUCGCUAGAAUAUGCGGGUGCUGCGGUCCGAGCGAAAAGGAGAUCGAUUUGGAAGCACCAAUCAAGGAAAUCAUGCCCGAAAUGGACGGCAGUGAACAGAAGUCAGAAGAACACUUCACUCGAGCUCUUCGCUGGUCGAAAAAGAUGAUCGCCAACGUUAAUACAGUGGCUGAGGAGCUGGAGCAUGUCAUCGGCAUGGCGUCUAUUCAUCAUCAAGAUCAGUAA